AUGGAGCCCGACACACUCCAAACCUUUGCUGCGGCUGUCCAACAACAAUUCCCUGCUUUCAGCAACGAGCAUGACGGCGCCUCGCAAGAUGCCGCCGCCGCAGCUGGGUAUGCCCCUGCUGAUUCCCUCAACGGCAACCCUCACAACCAAUCCUAUCCCAUAAUCCUGCCACCACUGCCACCAGCGGCGAACAGUUCUCCAAACGUCCAGACUAGGAAACAAAGUAACACUUUGAGAAACACAAACAGUCCUAGCGCGAAUGCGGCCAUGCGCAGUCCUCAGCAGACGCGCUCCGGCAUGUCGGUCCAGACUCGAGCUGCCCAGAACACAACCUCGAGCACCCCAUCUCGCGCCGGUAGUAACGCUUCGAGCGUGACUCCCCAGGCCCAAGCCACACAGAUGAGCCAACAGUCUGAUAACUUGGAAGGGCAGCCAGACCCUGCGCAAUCCCAGAAGCAGAAUGACUUUGUCUUCAGGAACUCUUCGUCUGCAUUUCCGAACGGCACUCCCACGCCUACUCGAUCCUUGUCGAAGCAGUCACAAGUCUACACUACGCCGCAUGGCGUCGUUCAGGCUGAUCCCUGGGUGUCUCAUUACCAAACUACACCCUCGACCAACGACCUCAGUGGUGCCCUCAAUAUCAACAACGGCAACAAUGACAAUGCAGAAACCGACCCUGCUGUUGCGGCAAAUCCCUUCAGCGACUCUUUCCCCUUGGUGCCCGAUCCACCAAACCUUGAGGAAUGGCGCAACAAACUCUUCAACAUCACCGAGACCUUGGUGUUAUCCGAAGAAGAGUUCCUCACUUACUUUCCCCAUGUCGAUAACGUCUACUCGCACCGCUCCACUCAGAAAUACAAACGCAAGGCAUUUGUCAGUCACUACUGGGACUGCCGACUGAAGGGUCGUCCAAGCGGUACCCCGAAGAGUGAUGAUCCCAACAAGAAAAAGCGCAAGCGCCAGGCUCGGGAGCGAGAUCUUUGCGAUGUCAAAAUCAAAAUCACAGAGUACUUUAGCGCUGAGGAGGCAAGGAAGAUGGGUAUGACAACUGGGAGUGACAUGAAUGGCAUCGACACUGGCGUCAAUGCUAACGGCACGAUGGCGAAUGAAAUCAACACCUUCGGAGGCGUCGACAACAGUGAAUUGACGAUCGUCCUCGAAGAUGGCAGUCAAGGUCUCAGUGGUGUUGGUCAUCUCGGCGGCGUUGGCAGUGCUCCUCACAGCUCUACCAACCCCAUCGACCCAAAUUUCGGAUUGCUUGAACUACCCCGUCCUCUACCUCAAGGGCACCCAGGAGCUGACGGAAAACGAUGGUUCACGAUCCAACGUGUCCGAGGCAACCCGGGUGGCGGAGCCGUCAAAGACUCUAACAGACGUGACAGUAAUGUCAAUGGCGAUGUCGAAGACGAAAUCGACCAGUCGGUGCUGGACCCCAAUUUGAACGCCGACCUGGACCACAAGCAUACCCUCGAAGAAAGUGACCGGAUCAAGAAGAAUAGCGUUCAAAGAUGGAUGUUGAAGGAGGAAAAGGAGAAGAAACGAUUGAGUGUAAGUGUGUCUUCCACCACCCUGUAA